AUGGCUGAACAAUUUCCACCCACACCAUCCGAGCUUCUUCAGGUGGUGACUGAGUUGCGGCAAGUUAACCAGCGCAUGGCAGAAGAGAACCAAAGAAUGGAGGAAGAUCAACUCGAGCAUGAUGAGGAAGCUCGGCCAGAAGAUGAGAAUGACAACAUAGAAAGCUCCCUUGGGCCCUUUACAGCUGAAGUGAUGAAUUUCGUGCUACCUAUGAGAUUCACUUUGCCGACCACCCUGACUCCCUAUGACGGGUUGAGUGAUCCGAAGAAAUACAUCAAAAAAUUCACCUCCAUAAUGUUAGUAAACGGUGCAUCUGAUAAAGUUUUAUGUCGUUGCUUUCCAUCUUACUUAGACGGUCCUACACUUGAUUGGUUUUGUUCUUUGCCUGCAGGUUCUAUUUCUCGCUUUCGAGACUUAUCAAAGCCCUUUGAGGAGCACUUUGCCGGAUCAGCCAUUUACCUACACGACUCUGAUUACCUGAAUACAAUCAGGCAAGACCAUCAAGAAAGCCUCAAAGAUUACAUGACGCGUUUCACCAAGAUAGCCAUGAGCAUACCCGACCUUUACCCCAAGGUAGAACUGCACGCCAUAAAAAGCGGACUGCGACCAAGAAAAUUCCAGGAAACUAUUGCUGUAGCCAAACCUAAGACUAUGGCCGAGUUCCAUGAAAAGGCUAAAGGACAGAUCAAUAUCGAAGAACUCCAACAAGUUUGGAACGUAGAAAAGCCUCACUAUAGAGACAACGACGAAACGCGAGACAACAAGAAGAAUUUCAAACCAACUCCACAAUAUGAGUCCUACAUCAAAUUCAAUACCAAGCAUGACGACAUCAUCAAGGAGAUCUUGAAUUCAAAAUUAAUCAAGCCACCAAGAAAAGCUGGCAGUUACCCAGAUUCAAAAGGCAUGGACCGAUCAAAAUACUACUCCUUCCACCAGAAGCACGGACACACUACCAACGACUGUGUCAUCGCCAAAGACCUACUGGAGCGACUAGCUUGGCAAGGUCACCUCGACAAAUACAUCGGCGGCCACAUGCAGUGGCGAGCACUCCUUUUUAGAGACCAAAGCUCGGCCACACAACAUGACCGAGAUAAAGACCGACCUAACAACAACCAUCCCGAACAACCAACACGUAUAAGUAACUGUAUUUCCGGAGGUUUUGCAGGUGGAGGAGCCACAAGCUCGACAGUCGAUCAUGACAACAGUGUAGCAAAUCUAGAUGGUCCGGUCAUAAUCUCCCUACAGCUCGAAGAUCUCCUAGUAAAAAAGGUGUUGCUCGACUCACGCAGCAGCGCUGACAUUCUCUUUUACUCAACAUUCCAAAAAAUAAAACUGAGCAGUAACAUCCUUCAACCUUCCACUCGUGACUUGGUAGGAUUCUCAGGUGAGAGAGUCCCGGUUAUGGGUUCUGUGUGGUUACAAACCACACUUGGUGAGUUUCCCUUGUCAAAAACUUCAGAUAUUCAAUACUGGUAG